UCCCAGGUACUGGUGGGCAUCAGCAUGUGCACUGUGGUUCGUCCAGUUCUGCUUACACUUCCCAUGAUUUAUCUCAUCUACCGCCUACCCUUUUGUCAGGCUCGUGUAAUAGCUCAUACCUACUGUGAGCACAUGGGAAUUGCAAAACUGUCCUGUGGAAAUAUCCGCAUCAAUGCCAUCUAUGGGCUCUUUGUAGUGUCUCUCUUUCUUCUGAACCUGGUCCUUAUUGGCAUCUCCUAUGUUUACAUACUCCUAGCUGUCUUCCGCCUCCCAUCACAGGAUGCUCGGUUAAAAGCCCUAAGCACAUGUGGGUCUCAUGUUGGCGUUAUCUGUGUUUUCUAUAUCCCCUCAGUGUUCUCCUUCCUCACUCACCGAUUUGGCCACAACAUACCACGCUACAUUCACAUUCUCAUUGCCAACCUCUAUUUGGUUAUCCCACCGUCGCUCAACCCCAUCAUUUACGGUGUAAGGACCAAACAGAUACGAGAGCGAGUGCUCCGUGUUUUUAUUAAAAAAUAA